CCCGGCCGCACUCCGUGGACUGGGGCAGGGAUGGUGAUGUUGUGCCAUCACUGCGCUUGGUCAUCCUGCUGCCCGUCCGGUGCUUCAGCCUGGGCGUAGGUGGGCUUUCCACGUGGCAGUUUUAGGGGACAGCACGUCGGCGUGAAGAAAUCAAGCUUUGAGUAAAGACGUGGCGCUGUUGUUUGGGGAGUGGCUUCGACAAUAGAAUAAGAUACAAUAACAGCAAGACUAACGACAAAUAGCGGCCUCAUCUAUGGCUACAUCGACGGCGCAGAUGGCGAUGGAGGCGGCGUCCAUGCAAGAUGCUAUCGCUGCCGCCGUGCUUGGAGAGGAGGGAGCCGCGCUGGAGAUAGUGCGGCUGUAUAAGCGACAGAUGGAGGAGAUCUAUACUGCGCUUAUCCAGCAUCGACACAAUCUAUCGGCGGAUCUUCUCGAGGAGGGUAAGGAGCUGAAAAAGAUCCGCAAGAAAUGCAACCCUAUAGAACAUACCCUGACUGAGUUAAUCCAGUACGCAAUUAAGUACGGGAAACAAAAUUACGAUGUGGGCCUGGACUCAGAAUCCGACGAAGAUGACCCUUCGGGUGUUCGACGCAAUGGCUACUCCGCUACGGCACGAAUGUUCGAAGAUCACUUCGGGUUGGGUCCGACAAAAAAAGGCGUGGAUCGGAAAGCUUCUUCCUCUGCUUCGACCUCCGGUCGCUCUAGUCAAGCACAAGGAGGCCGGGGUGAGGAAAAAGUGUCCAUAAAAGAGGUCGCGGCCCAAUUAGUUAUGGUAGUGGCCCCGCUGACGGAGUUCGUUCAGGGCCUGCAGCGGCAACGCCUAGCCGCCGCACAACGGCAACAAGCGGCUAUGGCCGUCGGGGCCCCUAUGAUAAGACCGGCAGUGGCCGGGGCUGUCCCGCCCCUACGCUGUUAUAACUGUAAUCAGCCAGGUCACCUUGCGAAAGAUUGUCUGAAACCUCGAACUCAGGGUGGGCCCGCUGGGCCUUCCCAAAUCCCGCUGGCUGCUCCAACCGCUGCAGGACAAGGGAGGGUGGCCACGGUGAUGGAUACCGGGGCAACGGAAAUGGUGACCCCUGCGGCCACCGAGAUAGGGCCCGAUGAAUACAUGGUUGCGGCGAUGUUCGAACCCGAGACCAUCGGAGUGAUACGUCACGUCCAACGGAUUACCGAGGAAAGCGACCUCGGGCCGUGGCGACCAGGGUUCGAAGACCUAACGGCACCUGGUCCUGAAUACAAGGAUGGCCAUAUCGACGUAUUGGAUACCUUGAAGGCUUUGGAUCUUCGGAUCCCCGUCCCUAUUCCCUAUCUGCUAACCAUUUCCAAAGCGGCUAACGAAAAGUUGAUCGAACGAUGCCUCAAAAACAGGCGCCGGUUCGAGGAAAGUCGAAAGGGCAAACAACCGGUCCUACGGGACCUACCCACAAACGAGGAGUCGCAGCCCUCGACUUCAAAAGUGCACGUAGCCGAUCGGAUAGGAAUGAUCCAGACCGUAGACUCUGCCUCGAAAAAACCCGAGGUAUUCCUCCGAUCCUAUCCAAUAACCUGGAAAAGCAUUGAGUGUGACUGCGAGGUCUGGGGAAAUCCCUCGGCCGCCAUCCUAGACUCGGGAUCGUCAGCGGUCGCCAUUUCUUGGAGAUUGACGAAACAGUUGGGAAGGGAAGGACAGGUUCAGCCCCUCCGACCGGAUGAACUGUAUAUAUCUGCUACGGAAGACAAUAUUCAUUGUAAAGGGCGAAUAACGAACGUGCCUAUACGGGUGGGGCGGGUGCGUUGUUUGUGCGACGUAAUCGUGCUGGAUGUACAGGCGUAUGAUGUCCUGCUAGGCAUUCCGUGGCAGGCGGCGGUCGGAGCGCGAAUGCACUUUGACAGCUAACAUAUUGAGUGGGUUUUGCAUGCACUAAAGGAUGCGGGGUUCAAAGUGGCCUUAGAGAAAAGCGAGUUCUUCUUGUCGGAGAUCUUAUUCUUGGGGUACAUCGUCACGGUCGAUGGACUAAAACCGGAUCCGAUGAAGGUGGCAGCAGUUCAAGAAGCCCCGGCGCCGAUCACACUCACCCAGGUUCGGGCUUUUCUAGGGUUGGCAUCCUAUUACCGACGCUUCAUCAAGGGGUUCGUCGGUAUAGCGAAGCCCCUCACGAACCUGCUGAAGAAAGAGGAACAAUUGAUCUGGACGCCCGAAUGCAAAGCGGCGUUUCAGGCGUUUAAGGAAGCUCUGACAUCUGCUCCUGUGUUGGCGCGUCCCGACCCGACAAGACCGUUCGCACUGUACACCGACUGGCAGCCUCAGGCGAUAUCGGCGGUGCUGACUCGGCACGGGGCGGACGGAAGGGAACACGUCAUUGAGUAUGCGUCCAAGACGCUGAGCCAGGCGCAGGCUAAUUACGAAGCAUGCAAAGGCGAAUGCCUGGUGGUGGUGUGGGGGAUCCAGCAUUUCCGACCGUAUCUUUACGGCCAGAAAUUCGUGCUCGUAACGGAUCAUCAGCCGCUCCUGUCCCUACGCAACAACACGGACUACACGGGGACGCUGGGCAGGUGGGCGGUGCGUCUGCAAGAGUAUGACUUCGACAUCCGCCACCGUGUCACGCGGCAGCAUGGUAACGCCGAUGGACUGACGCGCCUCCUGCCGCCCAACAAGUGUCCCGCCAACGAGCGACUCAUUCCGUGGAGGUCAGAAGUCGCGGCGACGAAACCGCACUACGGGGAGCUACAUGUAACGGACCAAGUCCCUACCGAGAAACGGUAUCUGGAUGCACGAACAGCCGACGGAUUUGCGCCAAGUGUCCGCCGAGCGGAAGUCUGGACGGACCUUCUGUUUGUACGGAGGCUGCCAGGCGACUCGCUGUCAGAACUUACCAAAGUCGAGCGGCGGAGAGUCACGGAGCGAGCGCAGGACUAUCGCUGGCAAGGACCGAUGUUACAAAAACGAAAAGCCGAUGAUGAUGGAGGGUCUAGCUGGUUGACGGUUCCGCACCCUUUCGCUAGGUUCGAUUGGACACGAGCCGCUCAUGAGGAGGAUGCGGUCCAUUUCGCGGUCAAGUACACGGAAAAAACCAUCGAAAAGAAUGGAUGGUACUGGUCGGGGAUUCGGGAAGAUGUGAAAUACACCGUCCAGAAUUGCCCGGCCUGCGCGGCGGACAAGGCGCCGGUACAGAUGCCUCGGACGAUGGUGCCCACUCGGGUAGAGCGCCCCUUUCAGAGGGUUAGCAUCGACACGACGGAUAUCAAUGUUCUGAGAGGGGUGUACGUGGAUGUGACGCAGUUGCCUGGUCGGGAGACGACCCGAGUCUUCAUUGAGUUCCGUGCGCUCCAGUUGGCACCCAACUUCGUGCACAGCGUCGCCACCUUUAUCGGAGAGUUGACGAUCCUACCGCAGCCGAAUAGGGAGCCGGCGCGAAGCUUUGUGCGCGAAUACGCAGUGGAAGCGGCCAGAUCAGUGGCCAGAUUGCAAGGACAGGGGGGACAUCGAUUCACAGCCCACGAAGUGCUGCUGCGCAGGGCAGAGGACGGACCAAUUGCGUUGGUGCCACAGCUCCCCGCGCUUCUUCCUCCCGCUGUUCCUCUCAACUUCCAAGCCAUUCCCCCUCUCAAGGAGGGCCCUUAUCCCAUGCGCAAGUUCUCGGAGUAUUUGGUGGAGCUUACUGACGUGGAGCCACUGCCCUUCGCCGACGAAGACGCGUGGGAGUUGCACUGUGAGCUGUACAAGUCGGUGGCGCUGGGGAUGUUCCGGUUCUUCGUGGAUCACGAAGACCACUGCAUCGCGGAGCACUUCGUCAUCUACUACGUCAUCACACGACCCAAGCCAGCGGAGAAGGAAGGGACAGUGGCGCUGUACCCAUUCGCCCAGCUCCAGACGAUCGAUCCGGGAUUGUUGGAGCUCAUACAUCUUGAGCUCCUCUCCAUUGCGCAAGUGAUUGCGAGCGAGGAGGAGGAGAUCCAACCACGAUUGCGGACGGUGACGGCCCCGCGGAGAACGUACAACGUGGUUGUCAUCCUGGAUUACAUUGCGCAGCGUGCGGAGAGGUUGGAGGACUUCCCGGAGGAAAAGCCGUUGCGACCUCCCUCGUCGUAUCUUUGACCGGCGCCACCGAAGGCCCCCAAGAAGACGCCGAAGAGGAAGAGACGCCACCCAUCGCCAGGAGCGCAAGGCAGCAGGA